GCCAAGUUCAUGGAGAGUGUGAAGGAAGUGUGCAACUCACAGUUGUUGUCAGCGGUGUCUGAACUAUGUCACAUGGACACCAGUUUGGCUGAGUGGGUCUGGCUCCACCUCUUCCCCAGACUCUGGAAAAUACUCAGUGAGAAGCAGCAACAGGGUAUAGCCAGCGAGGUGAUUCCAUUCUUGUGCUCCGGUUCACACGUCAUCCAGAAGGACUGUCACCCAUCGGCUCUACGCCUUCACCAGCCAACCACCCGCCCAUCCGGCCGGCCAUCAUGA